AUGGAUGUACAAGCGGUAAAAUUAGCUCCAUUCAUCAGAGCAUCUUCAAUGUACUAUAAGACAAAACUAUGUGUCCAUAACUUUACAGUUUUCAACCAAACUACGGCUGAUGUAUGUUGUUAUCUAUGGGAUGAGAUAAAUGGAGGAUUAGAGGCUUCUAUUUUUGCUACCAUGAUGGUAGACUAUUUAGACAACGUAAUCCAAAGUAAACCUACUGUUAGCAAUAUAUCAAUUUAUAGUGACGGUUGUGGAUACCAAAAUCGUAAUACAACUGUAUCCAAUGCAAUAUUAAAAUUUGCAAUUGAUCAACAAGUGACAAUUACUCAAAAUUAUUUAGAGAAAGGCCAUACACAAAUGGAAGUCGAUAGUGUCCAUCACACUAUUGAAAUGAAACUUAAAAAAAGAGAGAUUUACUUACCUACAGAUUAUAUAAAUGUAUGCAAAGAUGCUCGAAUUAAAAAUCCAUACAGGGUUAAAUAUUUGAAUUUUAGCUGUUUCAGUGAUUAUUCGUUAUUAAAAUAUUAUGCAUCUAUAAGACCGGGUUAUAAAAAAGGGUACCCUACGGUUACUGACAUAAGAUGUCUCAAGUACAAUCCAGACGCAACAAUUCAAUAUAAAAUUAAUUAUGAUGAAUAA